AUGUUCACAACCCCAUCAGCCAUGAGAGCGGUCGUGCUUGCGUUUACACUGGCCCUUGUGGCUGGUGAACCUCAUAACCUUGCUCCUGAGUUUGCUGCUGGCAGGACUUAUGUUUACAAGUAUGAGACGUUGCUCCUGGGUGGUUUGCCUGAGGAGGGUUUGGCAAAAGCCGGGCUCAAAAUCAGCAGCAAAGUUCACAUCAGUGCCGAAGCUGAAAAUGUAUACCUGCUGAAGCUUGUGGAACCUGAAAUCUUUGAGUUAAGUGGCAUCUGGCCCAAGGAUCCUUUAAUCCCAGCAACCAAACUGACUUCAGCCCUGGCAGCUCAGCUCAUGACUCCCAUCAAGUUUGAGUAUAUCAGUGGUGCUGUUGGGAAAAUGUUCGCCCCUGAAGGAGUCUCCACAAUGGUGCUUAACGUUUACAGAGGUAUCCUGAAUGUUCUUCAGCUAAACAUCAAGAAGACACACAACGUCUAUGAGUUGCAGGAGGCUGGAGCUCAGGGUGUGUGCAAGACCCUCUAUGCUAUCGCUGAAGAUGAAAAGGCUGAACGCAUCCUUUUGACAAAGACAAGGGAUCUGAACCACUGUCAGGAGAGGAUCAUGAAGGACAUGGGGCUGGCAUAUACUGAGAAAUGUGCCAAGUGUCAGGAGGUAAGUUCAAGCCAUUUUUGUAUAAGGCAAAAGUAUGAAAUGUUACAUGAGAUUAAGACACUUUGUGGUUCAUCUUCACAGGAUUCAAAGAACCUAAGGGGAACCACAGCAUAUAACUACAUCCUGAAGCCAGCUGCUAGCGGCAUUGUAAUCCUUGAGGCAGCUGUCAAUGAGCUAAUCCAGUUCUCACCUUUCACUGAGAUGAAUGGAGCUGCUCAGAUGCAGACCAAGCAAUCCUUGGUGUUCCUUGAGAUCCAGAAGGCCCCAAUUGUACCAAUCCAAGUUCAAUAUUUUCACCGUGGAUCUCUGAAGUACGAGUUCUCCACCGAGCUCCUUCAGACACCCAUCCAGCUCAUCAAGAUCAACAAUGUGCAGACCCAGAUUGUAGAGACUCUGAACCAUCUGGUCAGCCACAAUGUGGAGAGAGUUCACGAGGAUGCCCCUCUUAAGUUUUUGGAACUCAUUCAGCUCCUCCGUGCAGCCCGCUUUGAAGACCUGGAAAUGCUCUGGAGCAAGUACAGAACAAGACCAGCCUACAGACAGUGGAUCUUGGAUGCCAUCCCCGUCAUUGGAACUCCUGCAGCUCUGAGGUUCAUCAAGGAGAAAUUCUCAGCUGAUGAGUUGACUGUUGCUGAAGCAGCUCAGGCUUUGAUUGCAUCCAUUCACAUGGUGACAGCAAGCACUGAGGCCAUCAAGCAGGUUGAGGCCCUGGCAGCUAACAACAAAAUAGUGGAAAGCCCAAUUCUGCGUGAGAUUGUCCUCCUUGGCUAUGGUACCAUGAUUUCCAAGCACUGUGUUGAAAUGGCUGUCUGCCCUGCUGAACUCAUCAAGCCCAUCCAGAACCUCCUUGCAGAGGCUUUUGCUGAAGCUGACACCCAGGAACUCAGCUUACUCCUGAAGGUUUUGGGUAAUGCUGGCCAUAUUUCUAGCCUUAAACCAAUCACAAAGAUCCUGCCUAUCCAUGGCACUGCAGCUGCUUCUCUUCCAAUGAAAGUCCAUGCCGAUGCCAUCAUGGCUCUGAGGAACAUUGCAAAGAAGGAGCCCAGAAUGAUCCAAGAACUGGCUCUUCAGCUGUACAUGGACAAGGCUCUUCACCCUGAGCUGCGUAUGCUUGCAUGUAUCCUGCUGUUUGAGACAAGGCCUGCCAUGGGUCUGGUGACAACUCUUGCCAACAUUGUGAAGCAAGAAGAGAAUCUGCAGGUCGCAAGUUUCACCUACUCACACAUGAAGUCCCUGACCAGAAGCACUGCUGCUAUUCAUGCUUCAGUUGCUGCAGCUUGCAACGUCGCUCUCAAGAUCUUGAGCCCAAGGCUGAACAGACUGAGCAUGCGUUUUAGCAAAGCUGUCCAUAUGGACAGCUAUUACAGUCCCUUGAUGAUUGGUGCUGCUGCCAGCGCUUUCUACAUCAAUGAUGCUGCCACCCUUCUGCCCAGAUCUUUUGUGGCAAAGACCAGCGCCUACCUUGCUGGAGCUGCUGCUGAUGUUCUGGAGGUUGGAGUCAGAACUGAGGGACUCCAGGAGGCUCUUCUGAAAAACCCUGCACUCCUCGACAAUGCCGACAGGCUGACCAAGAUGAAGCGUGUCAUUAAGGCUCUCUCUGAGUUGAGGUCUCUACCCACCAGAACACCUCUGGCCUCCGUCUACAUUAAAUUCUUCGGACAGGAAAUUGCCUUUGCCAACAUUGACAAAUCCAUAAUUGAACAGGCCAUUGCGCUUGCCACUGGCCCCUCUGUGCAAACAUUUGGUAAGAAUGCCAUCAAGGCUCUGCUGUCUGGUGCUUCCUUCCAUGUUGCUAAGCCUCUGCUGGCCACUGAGGUGAGGCGUAUCCUGCCUACUGCUGCUGGUCUCCCAAUGGAGCUCAGUCUGUACACUGCUGCUGUGGCUGCCGCAGCUGUCCAAGUCAAGGCCACCACAACACCAGCUCUACCGGAAAACUUCCUUCUGGCUCACCUUCUGAAGACAGACAUUCAGCUUGAGACUGAGAUCAAACCAAGUGUUGCUGUGAACACAUUUGCUGUGAUGGGUGUUAACACUGCCAUACUCCAGGCUAUGCUGAUUUCAAGAGCUAAACUGAACUCGAUUGUGCCAGCCAAGAUCGCUGCAAGACUUGACAUCAAUGAAGGUCACUUUAAGAUCGAAGCUCUGCCUGUUUCUGUGCCUGAACAAAUUGCAGCUGUGCAUGUUGAGACUCUUGCUGUGGCAAAGAACAUUGAGGAUCUUGCUGCUGCAAGAAUCACUCCCAUCAUCCCUGAGAAAGUCUUGAGGCCUUUCUCAAGGGAGAUUCUCUCUUCUAAGAUUGAAUCUGCUGCUGCUAGCUUUUCACAAUCCUCAGAGAUCACUGAGCAAGAUGAAAUUGUGAAAACCAAAGCCACUCAGUAUGAGAAGAAGUACUGUGCUAAAGUUGUUGCCAUUGGACUGAAGAGCUGUUUCAAGGUGGCCACCAACAAUGCCGCUUUCAUCAGGGACAUUGCCCUUUACAAACUGGCUGGAAAGCAUUCUGUGAGUCUUUCUCUGACACCAAUUGAAGGGGAAGUCAUUGAGAGACUGGAGAUUGAGGUUCAAGUUGGACCAAAGGCUGCAGAGAAGCUUAUCAAACAGAUCAAUCUGAGCGAAGAAGAAAUCAUUGAGGGCAGACCACUCUUGAUGAAGCUGAGGAAGAUCCUGGCUCCUGGGCUGAGGAAUCGCACCUCAUCCUCCUCUUCUAGCUCAAGCAGCUCUCGCUCAAGUUUGAGCUCCAAGUCCUCUUCCAGCUCUUCAUCUCGCAGCAGCAGCAGCAGCAGCAGCAGCAGCAGAAGCAGCCUCAGGAGCAGCCUCAGGAGCAGCAGCAGCAGCAGCAGCAGCAGAGUCAGCUCCUCCAGAUCUGUGAACAGACCUUCUUCCAGGACCAGCUCCGCAUCUAGCCUUGCAUCACUCUUCAGUGCUAGCUCAAGCUCCUCUCGCUCCAGUGCUCGUGUCUCAAUGAGAGUGGCUUAUCCCCACAAGUUCCAGAAGGACCACAAGAAGCAGAUUCUCACUUCUCAAGCAGCAUUACUUUCCAAGAGCAGGAGCAGUGCCGCAAGCUUUGAGGCCCUAACCAAACAGAACAAAUUCCUUGGCAAUGAAGCACCUCCUGCCUUUGCCAUCAUCAUCCGUGCUGUCAGAGCUGACAAUAAGGUGAUGGGAUACCAGCUGGCAGUGUACUUGGACAAACCUUCCACCAGACUUCAGAUUAUUCUGGCUGCCUUGGCUGCCGACAACAACUGGAAGCUCUGUGCUGAUGGAGCUCUGCUUAGCAAGCACAAAGUCACUGCUAAAGUCAGCUGGGGAGCAGAAUGCAAACAGUACGACACCAUGAUCACAGCUGAGACUGGUCUUGUUGGUCCAAGCCCUGCAGCUCGCGUCAGAGUUGCCUGGAGAGACCUCCCUUCUGCCAUGAAACGCUAUGCAAAGAAGGUGUAUGACCUCAUUCCUGCCAACCUGGUGCCUGGCUUGAUUAAAGGAAAGGACGAAAACAGCGCCAAUCAGCUAUCACUGGCAGUGAUUGCCACAUCGGACAAGACCAUUGACUUGAUUUGGAAAUCACCAACACGUACUGUCUAUAAGCUGGCUUUGCAUCUUCCCUACCCUCUGCCACUUAAUGGAAUCAAAGGUCUCACCCCCUUUGAUGGCUUAGCUGAUCAAGUCCACUUCUUGUUUGCGAAGGCUGCCGCAGCCGAGUGUAGCUUCAACAGAGACACACUGACCACAUUCAAUGGCAGGAAAUACAAGAACGAGAUGCCACUGUCUUGCUACCAAGUUCUGGCACAGGAUUGCACUGAUGAACUGAAGUUCAUGGUUCUGUUGAAGAAGGAUCAUGCUGAACAGCACCACAUCAAUGUGAAAAUUGCUGACAUUGAUAUUGACCUGUACCCAAAGAACACUGACGUGAUUGUGAAGGUCAAUGGAAUGGAAAUACCCAUCAACAACCUGCCUUACCAGCAUCCUACAGCCAAAAUCCAGAUGAGACAAACGGGUGAGGGCAUCUCUGUGUUCGCUCCCAGCCUUGGUCUUCAUGAAGUCUACUUUGACAGGAACUCAUGGACGGUUAAAGUUGUAGACUGGAUGAAGGGACAAACCUGUGGACUCUGUGGAAAGGCUGAUGGGGAAGUCAAACAGGAAUACCACACACCCAACGGACGCGUGACCAAGAGCGCAGUCACUUAUGCUCAUUCCUGGGUUCUGCCCGCCGAGAGCUGUAGGGACACCACUGAGUGCCGUAUGAAGCUUGAAUCCGUGCAGCUGGACAAACAGGUGAACAUUCAUGGCCAGGAAUCAAAAUGCUACUCUGUUGAGCCCAUGCUGCGCUGCCUGCCCGGCUGCUUCCCGGUCAAGACCACCUUUGUCACUGUUGGCUACCACUGUGUGCCUGCCGAUUCUGCCCUGAAUCGCCCCGAGAGUCUGAGCAGAAUCACCAACAAAAGUGUGGACCUGAGGGAAACAGCAGAGGCCCACCUAGCCUGUACCUGUACUGCUCAGUGUGCUUAAUAAUGUUGUCCUAUGUCAGUCACUUGUCACAUGUGAAACACUUCACAGGUUUAUUUUGAAAUAAAUUUUGAUCGUAUCAUGACUGCAUCUCAAACUGAGUUUCUGUUCAAGUUCUUCAUUUAUACUGACUUCACUGAGCUACAGCAAUGUAUUACAUGCAAUUUGUGAGAACUUGUCAGCAGUCAAAUUCAUAUUAUUACAAAAAGGGGGCAUUAGCCUAUAUUACCUGUGAACUGUUGCUGCUGUUAGCUAGUUAGCCAAGUUAACUGUGCAGCUAGCAGCUAGCUUGUAUUAGCACAGACUGGGAGCUCCGAGAACCAAGGAAGUGUCGUUGCUGUUUACCAUCGGACUAUCACCUCUUCAAGUACAAACAGGCGAAGCGCUAACUGUUUAGCGAUAGGAUGCUAACUCAAAUAGAUAUCUCCAUGACAUUAUAUCAAGUGUUAUUUCAUCACAUUCUACUGAUACUAAAUUUGAGCCGAUUUAGGAAUGUUUUAAACUAAACACUCUUACAAACAGAUUGCUACAGGAAUGGGUCCUAAAACCUGGAAUUUUUUUCAACAAAACAAAACUUCAGUUUAUAAAUACCUGACACAUUAAAAAUCUGUUAGCUGAGCAGCUUAAUUGAGACUACAGAAGUUGUCAGGGACAACGAAUGGCAUCAUGCCAAACAUGGGUACACAUCUACUCACUAGUCAGUCUUUACAGGUGGACUUAAGUUGCAAACAAUUCUACAACUUUGAAAUAUGAUCAAUCAGGGUUCUCCCCAGACAAUGGAAUGGUGGUGCAGCGCCGCUAUACUGCUAGCUCAGAGCCACUAUACUAAUUUUCAAUGUUAGCUGCUUUGUAGCGGGUGACACGAGCGAGCAUCCGUCUGACUUCACCUUGAAAUACAAACU